AUGGAGUGUGAUGGCUCAGAAGGUGGGGCUGUGUGCAGGUAUAUCCUGGCAUUUGUGAGCGGGUUCUUCGUGGCAGUGCCAGUCACCAUCACUGUUCUGGACCGCUUCGCCCAUGUAGCACGAGUGGAGGGAGUGUCAAUGCAGCCCUCUAUGUGUCCUGAGGGGAAUGUGACAGGUUCUGACAUGAUGCUGCUGAACCGCUGGAGUGUGAGGAACUACCAAGUACGACGAGAUGACAUUGUGUCAGUCUUGUAUCCCAAAAAUCCCCAGCAGAAGAUCAUCAAGAGGGUCAUAGCCCGGGAGGGAGACUUCCUUAAGUGUACUGUAGGAGAUGUGGGAACCUGUAGCGGCUCAUGA